GUGAGAGAGAGAGAGGGAGAAAAGGAGGAGGAGGAGGGAGAAGGGAACAACCUACCAUCUUAACACACUAAUAUCUAAAAAGUGCGAGAGGCCCAGAGCAGCAGCAGCAGCAGCAGCAGCAGCUCCAGCUUCUUCCCUCCCUCCCCAUGAAGAAGAGUUCCCUCCUCCUCCUCCUCCUGCUUCUCCUGUUCAGAGUUCCUGCCUCCAGCUGCCAGGGGGGACAGCCAGCCAGCAGCAGGAGGGGGGAUAGAGAGCUGAAGGAGAACAACUUUCCCCCAAAAUUGCUGCAGUGAGAAGAGGAAUUGGUUAUUUUUAAACAAAGGCUGAAUAAUCUAUAGAAUUAACAGACAUAAGAGAAAGUGGAGAAGGUAGAGGAUGGAGUUGCAGACUCUACAGGAGGCUCUUAAAGUGGAAAUUCAAGUUCAUCAGAAACUGGUUGCUCAAAUGAAGCAGGAUCCACAGAAUGCUGAUUUAAAGAAACAGCUUCAUGAACUCCAAGCCAAAAUCACAGCUUUGAGUGAGAAACAGAAAAGAGUAGUUGAACAGCUACGAAAGAACUUGAUAGUCAAGCAAGAACAACCAGACAAGUUCCAAAUACAGCCAUUGCCACAAUCUGAAAACAAACUACAAACAGCACAGCAGCAGCCACUACAGCAACUGCAACAACAGCAACAACAGUACCAUCACCACCACGCACAGCCGACAGCUGCACCCUCUCCCAGCUUGACUGCUUCACAGAAGACUGUAACUACAGCUUCUAUGAUUACCACAAAGACACUACCUCUCGUCUUGAAAGCAGCAACUGCGACCAUGCCUGCCUCUGUGGUGGGCCAGAGACCUACCAUUGCUAUGGUGACCGCCAUCAACAGUCAGAAGGCUGUGCUCGGCACUGAUGUGCAGAACACACCAGUCAACCUCCAGACAUCUAGUAAGGUCACUGGACCUGGGUCAGACGCUGUCCAAAUUGUGGCAAAAAACACAGUCACUCUGCAGGUUCAGGCAACGCCUCCUCAGCCCAUCAAAGUACCACAGUUUAUCCCCCCUCCUAGACUCACUCCACGUCCAAACUUUCUCCCGCAGGUUCGACCCAAACCUGUGGCCCAGAAUAACAUUCCUAUUGCCCCAGCACCUCCUCCUAUGCUUGCAGCUCCUCAACUUAUCCAGAGACCCGUCAUGCUGACCAAGUUCACCCCCACUACCCUCCCCACUUCCCAGAAUUCCAUCCACCCUGUCCGUGUCGUCAAUGGGCAGACUGCAACCAUAGCCAAGACGUUCCCCAUGGCCCAGCUCACCAGCAUUGUGAUAGCUACUCCAGGGACCAGACUCGCUGGACCUCAAACUGUACAGCUUAGCAAGCCAAGCCUUGAAAAACAGACAAUUAAAUCCCACACGGAAACUGAUGAGAAGCAAACAGAGAGCCGUACCAUCACCCCACCUGCUGCACCCAAACCAAAACGGGAAGAGAACCCUCAGAAACUUGCCUUCAUGGUGUCUCUAGGGUUGGUAACACAUGACCAUCUAGAAGAAAUCCAAAGCAAGAGGCAAGAGCGUAAAAGAAGAACAACUGCAAAUCCUGUGUACAGUGGAGCAGUCUUUGAGCCAGAGCGUAAGAAGAGUGCAGUCACAUACCUGAACAGCACAAUGCAUCCUGGGACUCGGAAGCGAGCCAAUGAGGAACACUGGCCAAAGGGUGAUAUCCAUGAGGACUUUUGCAGCGUUUGCAGGAAAAGCGGCCAGCUGCUCAUGUGUGACACGUGCUCCCGUGUGUAUCACCUGGACUGCUUAGAGCCUCCUCUGAAAACGAUUCCCAAGGGCAUGUGGAUCUGUCCCAGGUGUCAGGACCAGAUGCUGAAGAAAGAAGAAGCAAUUCCAUGGCCAGGAACUUUAGCAAUUGUUCAUUCCUAUAUUGCCUACAAAGCAGCAAAAGAAGAAGAGAAACAGAAGUUACUUAAAUGGAGUUCAGAUUUAAAACAAGAGCGAGAACAACUCGAGCAGAAGGUGAAACAGCUCAGCAGUUCUAUAAGUAAAUGCAUGGAAAUGAAGAACACCAUCCUGGCCCGACAGAAGGAAAUGCACAGCUCCCUGGAGAAGGUAAAACAGCUGAUCCGCCUCAUCCACGGUAUCGACCUCUCCAGAUCCGUAGACUCUGAGGCCACUCUGGGGGCCAUCUCCAAUGGCCCGGACUGCACCCCCCCUGCCAACGCCGCCACCUCCACGCCGGCCCCCUCUCCCUCCUCCCAGAGCUGCACAGCGAACUGUAACCAGGGGGAAGAGACUAAAUAACAGAGCCCCGCCAGGAGAAGCCACCACGGGAUCCCGGCCGGCGGCAAGGAGGAACAAAACACUGAAGACUCUAGAGAAGCAAAGCUGGAUUUCUUCUGGAAAGUACAGAAUUCUUUAGGUUCUUUGGUUCCAGAGAGAGAGAAGAUGCUUGUGCCAGGUGGCACCAGAGUUUGCCAAUUGAUCCUUCUUAUUCUGUGUGUACAUGCAAAGAUUGGACCAUGUUACAUGAAAUAGUGCCAGCUGGAGGUUCUUUGCCAGCACCAUGCCAAGUGAAAUAAUAUAUUUACUCUCUCUAUUAUACACCAGUGUGUGCCUGCAGCAGCCUCCACAGCCACGAUGGGUUUGUUUUGGUUUUGUUGGGUGGGGAGCAGGGACGGGCAGAGGGAGGAGAGCAGGUUUCAGAUCCUUGUUUGCCGAGCCCUUGGUUUAGGUAGAGAAGACCAGUCCAAAGAGUUUGUGGGCUUUCCUGUUUCUAAACGUUCACUACUAUAAAACCAAAAAAAGGAAAUUGAGAUUUCACCAGUCCGAGUGCCCAGAAAAGAGGGGUGGGGUGGGGUUGGGGAGGGGAGUUGGGGUGGGGAAAGUAUAUCAAAUAAGCAGUAUUUCAUAUGGUUUGGAGUGGGGCAUAGUACAAGGAGAGAAGUACCCCAAGGAGAGCCACUAGGUCUUUUCCCAGAGCAGGCCACUCCCCGUCGCGGGUGCCCCCCAACUCCCAAAGCCUCGUGCUCGCCCAUCCCUCCCUCCUCUGGUGGAGUGGCGUGCACCCCUGUGGACAACCCGGUCACCUCCCCUCUGUAAGAACAAGCAGAGCAGGGCCAUCCCCCCGCCCCAGCUCAAGGCCAGGAAUACGUGGCGGGGAGUGUCCAGGAAGGAAAAAAGGCGGAUCAGUGAUUUUACUUGAAAACAAGCUCCAUCCCUUUUCUAUAUUUAUAAGAAGAGAAGAUCCCAAGUGAAGCAGCACGCGACCCAGGUGUGUGUGAAUUGAAUGGAGACGUUUCUUUCCUCUAUUGUUUUGUUUUGUUUUGUUUUUUGCUCAUUUUUUUUUUCCUUUAAGCAAAGUUUUAUUUUGUUGUUUAUUUUGCCUUUUUUUUUGGUUUAACACAAACUAAAAUAAGGAAUAGAAAAGCUGUUUUUCAGGCUGACAGUCCACUUAAGGGUAGUUGAGACCUUGCAUGGUAGAGUAGGAAUCUUAGUGUCAGUGAGGUCCCGUGAGUCUUUGUGAGUCCUUGUGUCAUCGUUUGGGGCACUGUUUUUUUAUGCAAGGGCAAAAAUCUUUGUAUCUGGGGGAAAACAACAACAACAACAACUUUUUUUUUAAUUAAAAAAGGAAAAUAAAAGCUACUGAGGUCUUCCUAGUGUUACUUAAAUUAAGAUCAAGGUAAGAAACAUUGUAAAAAAAAAAAAAAAUUUACAAAAGUGCUAUUUGUUUCCUAAAAACAGUGAUUUCUAUUAAAAAGGUGUCAGAACUGGAGAAAA